UCUAAAAGACUUUAACCUAGGGCCGUAAUAAAGUAAAAGUUGUCAGUGUCAACUAUAACGUUUGAAGAUGCCAAAUGGCAAUAUGUUGUCAAUUGAUUGCUUUGUUUUCUUUAGAUUCUACGAGAUAAUUUUGAAGUUCUAAUGAUAAAAAAGUUAUCAACUUUAAAUAUCUAUAUUUUAAUCAUACACUUAGCGAGUAACAAUAUUCUUAAUUAAAAAUAUGAGUAAAUGAGAGCACAGUAUAAACAUUGCUUUGUAAAAGCAUGUACGAUUUUGCGGUAUCAGCUUCCCUAUAACGGAUCAUAAUGGUCGAAUUCAUGAAAAGAGCCUUGGAGCUGGCAUCCGAAGCACUGUCAGCUCAGGAAGUGCCAGUUGGGUGCGUUUUUACUAUUAAUGAUACUAUUGUGGCAGAGUCAAGAAACAGUGUUAAUCAUACCCGUAAUCCAACCAGGCAUGCAGAAAUGAACUGUAUAGAUUCUGUAUUGGAGCACUGUAAAAAAAAUGGUAUUGACCAUGCAAGCUAUUUCAGAAACGUUGUUGUUUAUGUCACUGUUGAGCCCUGCAUCAUGUGUGCAGCUGCACUGAACAUUUUGAACGUAAAUGAAGUUGUCUAUGGAUGUGCUAAUGACAGGUUUGGUGGUUACACUGUGUUGGACGUAAGGAAAUUUUAUGAACCUAACUAUUUGCUCACUGGAAAUUUGUGUGCAGAUGAGGCAAUGGCUCUUUUGAAGCAAUUUUAUAAAGGUGCCAAUCCCAACGCACCUGAAACAAAAGCAAAGAAAAAGCCCUCAUAACACUUAAUAGGAACAUCAAUAGUAUAAAACUGUGCAAGCUAAACAACUUUCGGCAACAGAGCUGUGCUGUACCUCUGGGUAACAAAUAUUGCUUGGAAGCUAACCUUAAGCCCAAGUGGACUUUAAAUGGGACUUACAAAGUUCAACUUAAGGUCAACUUUAACUAAACUUUUUAUACAUUCUAAGAAUCAACCUUUAUUUUCUUCUUCAUUAAUGUAUUGUAGUAAUUAGUAAUUUAUAAAAAUUAAAACAAAAAUAUGAAAAAAUCUCAGUUAUGUCUACUAUAAUAC